AUGAAGAUUGUAUUUGGUUCUUUGGUAUCGACUGGUCUUUUGACCGCAGCAUUAGUAGAUGCUUAUCGCCUACCAACGUUUUUGCAGGAAUCGUUCGAGGCUUUGGAUUCUGAAGAUAAGCUUCAAAUCGAACCUCAUAAUUCUGAAGAUUCAUCCAACUGGAAACCUCAUGUUCCAUACUUUUUGAAACCGACUGUAGACUCCAAUAAACUACAAGAAUCAAUCCGUCUUGAGGAUUUGAACGCGACUGCUUGGGAUUUAUAUCAUAUUGCUGAGUCCUCUAAGAAAGAGUAUGGCCAUCCAACACGUGUCAUUGGUUCCCCAGGUCAUUGGAAUACCAUUGGAUAUAUUUUAGCAUGCUUAGAUAAUAUGAAGGAUUAUUAUGAUGUCUCUGUGCAAACCUUUAAUGCUUUGAGCGGAAAGAUUAAUUCAUUCAAUCUUUCAGAUGCUAAGACAGGAGAAACUUUUGAUAACACGACUGCGUUUGCACUCUCCCCUCCGGUUGCUCCAUUCAUUGGUCAAGUAAUCGAAAUUCCAAAUCUGGGAUGCAAAGAAGCUGAUUUUGAUGCUGUGGCUCCUCCUUCUGGUGUUAUGUCAGAUGGUUCUGAAAAGAAAAGGAUUGCACUUAUUGAAAGAGGACAUUGUCCUUUCGGUAAUAAAUCUAACUUAGCAGGUAAGUAUGGGUAUCAUGCCGUUAUCAUAUAUGAUAAUGAGCCAGAAUCUGUCGGUGGGUUGCACGGGACGUUGGGAGAACCAACUAACGAAACAGUGUCGACCGUUGGUGUGACCUUCGAUGUUGGCAUGCAAUUAAUUGAUAGUAUUUCGUUAGAUGAGGAUUAUUCUGUUUAUUUUGCAAUGGAUUCUUACGUUAAGAAUAUCACCACAAAGAAUAUCAUUGCUGACACUAAGCGUGGUGAUGAGAAAAAUAUUGUAGCACUUGGGGCUCAUUCUGAUUCUGUUGAAGAAGGACCAGGUAUUAACGAUGACGGCUCUGGAACAAUCUCUUUGCUUACUGUUGCCAAGCAAUUGACACAUUUUAAGAUCAAUAAUAAGGUACGUUUUGCCUGGUGGGCCGCAGAGGAGGAAGGUUUGUUAGGUUCCAAUUAUUAUGCUAACCAUUUGACCGCUGAGGAUAAUUUGAAAUUAAGAGUCUUCAUGGAUUAUGACAUGAUGGCUUCACCAAAUUACGAAUAUGAAGUUUACGAUGCCAAUAAUAUAGACAACCCCAAGGGCUCUGAAGAAUUAAGAGAUCUAUACAUUGAUUUCUACAAGCAAAACGAACUAAAUUAUACUCUAAUCCCAUUCGAUGGGAGAUCUGAUUAUGUUGGCUUUAUUGAAAAUGGUAUUCCAGCAGGUGGUAUUGCCGCUGGUGCUGAGAAGGACAACGUCUUUAACGGGGAAGUUUUAGAUAAAUGCUACCAUCAAUUAUGUGACGAUGUUUCUAACUUGGCGUGGGACGCAUUUAUGGUUAAUACUAAGUUAAUUGCUCAUUCUGUGGCUACGUACGCCAAAUCCUUUGAGGGAUUCCCAGAAAGAGAGACAAAUGCUACCUUAUCAGCUUCUAGCAGGAAGGACCAAACUCCCUUAUUCAAGUACAGGGCUGACAAACUGAUUAUCUAA